CCAACACGUAGCUAACUAGCUUUCGCUAACGGAUACAUCGCCGUGCACUCACAAUGGGGAUUUGCUGGCCGUUUUCUUCUGGGACUUUACAUAAACGAUGAUUCACGAGCUACUGUGUGAUGAAGGAGUUGACAUUCCCUCGUUUGUGAGCCUUUAUCUGUGUGUAUUUACUGGCUAGUCUGCGCUCUCUGUGAGUUUACUAACGUUAGCUGACAGGCUAACUAGCGGGACGACGGAACGAGCCUGCGGUUAUUAGCUAUAUGCACGCAAAGAUCAUGGACUUUCCUGGGCACUUUGAGCAGAUCUUCCAGCAGCUGAACUACCAGCGGGUCCAUGGCCAGCUGUGUGACUGUGUGAUUGUGGUGGGUAACCGUCAUUUUAAGGCGCACCGUGCUGUGCUGGCCGCCUGCAGCACGCACUUUCGUGCUUUGUUCACCGUUGCAGAGAGCGAAGCCAGCAUGAGCAUGAUCCAGUUGGACUCUGAGGUGGUGACUGCUGAGGCCUUCGCAGCCCUUGUGGACAUGAUGUACACCUCCACAUUGAUGCUAGGAGAGAGUAACGUCAUGGACGUGCUGCUAGCUGCGUCACACUUGCAUCUAAAUACAGUAGUAAAGGCUUGUAAGCACUACUUGACCACUCGGACGCUGCCCAUGUCGCCACCUGGUGAGCGCGGCAGCCAGCACCCGGGUAGUCAGGCUGCUGCUGCGGCUAACUCUCGCCUCCAGCGCUCUUUUCUGCUGCAGCAGCUUGGGUUGAGCCUAGUAAGCUCUGCCCUCAGCGGAGCAGAAGAAGGGAGUGGAGCUGGCAGAGGGCCGGGAUCAGUUUCAGGAAGUGGGUUGGUAGAGCAGCGAGACAGUUACCCCUCACGUCGCUUCCAUAAGCGCAAACAGGCCUUUUCUCUGAUUCGCUCUGAGGCAGAACGCUUGCGGCAGAGGCCCCGCCUCUCUUCACAGUCUGAGGGGACUAUGAUGGAAGGGGUAGGAGGAGCUGUAGGGGAGGAGCUUCUUUCCCCAGAUUCUCACAAUAAAGUCACAGAUGAGGAUACCAAACUGGAUGUGGUUGCUGGCGUGGUUGCUAGUGACGACAGUGAUUUGCUAGAAGGAAGAGACUACCGAAGGUCCAUGGGUCAGGAGGAUGUGCAGCUGCCCAGUCAAUCAGAUGGCGGGAGAGUAAGCAGGGUGGAGCAGCCCUUGCUGUUGCCACACAAAGAAGAGUAUCCAGAUACAGGGCGUGUCCAUGGUGAGGGAGUGCAGGUGAAGGAUGGAGCCGAGGAUGAAGAGGCACAGCAGGUGGUGGUGAAAAGCGAACCACUCAGCUCACCUGAGCCUGUCGACGAGACCAGUGAUGUAACCUCGCAGGCUGAGGGCAGCGACCAGGUGGAGGCAGUGGGUGAGAAGCUGGAACUGAGUCCAGAGGGCAGCGAGCAUAGCUUCAGUGAGCCCCAGCCGUGUGCCGACCUGCUCCUCACAGGAAGCAAGGGCCCUGCCGGAGGAUUAGAAAGAGGAGGAGUGGGGAGAGAGGAGCUCUCUUGCAGUGAGGCUCUGGAGUCCACCUCCGGAUUCCGAAUCUCCAGCUUCCUAAGCACUAAGGGCUUUGAAUGCAGUGCAUCAUCUUCAAAUCCAGCUGAAAAUGUUCCAAACACUACCACAGGAGAGUGCCGGUUGGAUCGCGAGCCCACUCGCUUCAUUUUCGGAUCGGAUUCGACCAGCACGUCAUCCACCCUCCCUCCUUCUCAGAACCUGCUUUCUGGAGAAGCUCAGGAUGUCUCCGGCCUGUCCGCAGAUGCUCUUGUCUUGCGUCCGUUCCAUGAUGGAAUAGCGUCAUCGUCAUCUUCCUCCUUGGUGAACUCUCGAGGUGGAACAGCAGAACAGCUCACGCUUUCAUUCCAAAGGAACAGCUUGGGCUUGCACGCCCUUCCACGAUUGUCCCGAGGUGGCACCAGUGGGUUUCCUGCUUAUAGACGCAUUGCCCCUAAGGUUACACCAGGGGGCACUUCAGUGCGCACAGAUGGUGGUAAUAUGCAAGAUGUUGCCUCGUCUUCGUCAGCAUUGCUAAAUGGCAUUAGCUUUGAUGGCUCAGUACCGGGAGGACAACACGGAAACAACGCAAAUUUUAAUCCACCGCCCCAGUUGACCCGGGCUUCUGCGGACGUGCUGUCCAAGUGCAAGAAGGCGCUCUCAGAACAUAAUGUUCUGGUGGUGGAGGGGGCGCGAAAGUACGCCUGCAAGAUCUGCUGUAAAACCUUCCUGACGCUAACAGACUGCAAGAAACACAUCCGAGUUCACACGGGAGAGAAGCCGUAUGCUUGUCUGAAGUGUGGCAAGCGCUUUAGUCAGUCUAGUCACCUGUACAAGCAUUCAAAAACAACCUGCCUCAGAUGGCAGAGUGCUAACAUGUCAAAUACCCUUCUUUAAGUCUUUAGCUCAAGGCUUAUUAUUCCGUUAUUAAACUUGCAGCUUGUUAUUUAUUAAGUACGCUGAAUUUUCCUGAAGUGCUAUGAAACUAAUAUGAACUGUGCGAAAAGUCAGAGACCACUUUUUUGUUUAUAUAGUUUCCAGUCAGAUACGGCCAUUAAGUACAAGUUAUUCAUUUUCAGGGUCAGAAAAUAAAGCAGAAAACAUUAUUUAACAAAAAAUAACACAAAAGCAUCAAUAACUAAAUAUGAGUUUUUCAGUAUUUAGUGUGUCCAGCCUUUGCAUUUACAGCUUCCAUUCUUGCUUUCAGUUUUUGAAAGAAAUCUGCAGGGAUAUUUUUCCACACCUCCAGAGUUCAGUCUUAGGAGAUUUUCUGCUUCUCAUUAUCCAAGUAAUU